AUGGGUUCGGAGAGAGCUUCUUUCUUGAUAGUUAACAGUGUGAAGCCACGACAACGGAGUAUGUCGAUUCCUCUUAGCAGGCUUCGGAGUCCAGGUGAUUUAAAAAUCGUCCCUACGAAUCAUGGCAUUGAAUCACACCAACCCAUGUUUUCUAUGAGAAAUAUUGUAUCAGCGAAUCAUGGAGGAAAUGUAACUGGAUCUUCUACAAUGGUUACCAGUAUAAACCGAGUUCAGACUCAAAAUCAAUCAGGCAUUGAAUCACACCAACCCAUGUACUCCAUGACUCAAAAUCAAUUAGUCGUUGAAUCGCCUCAACCCAUUUUCGUCACUUCGAUCCCGAGUCAUCCCACAAUUGUGCCACUUGCUCCUGCCUUCACUACUCAGGUGGUUGUCAAUGCUGGGAAUGAUGAUGAUCUAAGUCCAGGUAUCAGUUACAAGCAUCUGAUCUUUUUGGCUAUUGAAUCGUCGGAGACGAAGUGUCGUACUUCUGCUCUCCCUACUGUCAGUUCUAUAGCACUGCAGCCUAUCACGACGAUCAGCACUCCAUUGACAACUCUUAGCUCUCUUCCAACUUCCACUGGAAGUUUGAUUACAACCAGUGCCUCAGUUGCUGAAGAUAGAACCCCUCCAGCAUUGCAUGUGAAUGGCAUUCCUGAAGACAGGCCAACCAAAAACUCCGAACCCAUGGAGCAUGCAGAAUCGGAAUUCCUCGGUGUAACCCCUUCUCAAUCAGUUGGAUUCGAGUGUAGCGGAUUGCUACGCUAG